AGCCUGAGACUGAUUCUGAUUUAAUGGCUGUCAAAGAAAGUGCAAGCAGUUGUAAGAUUAAUGAAUUAGGUGAAGAUGUGGCAAAUGAUGACAUUAGUGAAUUUGAUGACACAAUGCAAACUGACGCAGCAAAGGAGGAAGCAUCUAAAGAACAAACUGAGGAAGAAUCAGAACAGCAGGACAAGACAGCUGAUGAUGAAACUGCUGAAGAAGGGCAAAACGGAGGAACAGAAUCUGUUGAAGUGGGUGAGACCACUGCUGAAGCAGUAGCAGCUGGAGAGAAUGACAUAGCUGGUUGUGACACUGCAGAAGGUGAUACAGCUGAGGGUGAGAUAGCAGAAGAUGUACAAACUGCAGAAGCAGAAAGCACUCCAGAAAAUGAACAAACUUCUGAAGAUGUAACUGGAGAAGAAUGUGAGACUGUUGAUGAUGUCAAUGCAAAAGAGCAUGAGAUGGCUAAAAAUGAAGUUCUGGAAGAUGGACAAACUACUGAAGAUGAAACUGGAGAAGAGUCCAUUAAAGACGAGAUUGGAGAAGGGCAUGAGACAUCUGAAAAUGAAAUUGUACAAGAUGAACAAACUGCUAAAGAUGAAACUGGAGAAGAAGGUGAGACUGUUAAUGAAGACACUGCAGAAGUUGAGGAGACAGCUCAAAGUGAAACUGCAGAAGAGGAACAAACUGCUGAAGAUGAAACUGUAGAAGAAGGUGAGACCGUUAAUGAAGACACUGCAGAAGUGGAGGAGACAGCUCAAAGUGAAACUGCAGAAGAGGAACAAACUGCUGAAGAUGAAACUGUAGAAGAAGGUGAGACCGUUAAUGAAGACACUGCAGAAGUGGAGGAGACAGCUCAAAGUGAAACUGCAGAAGAGGGACAAACAGCUGAAGAUGAAACUGUAGAAGAAGGUGAGACCGUUAAUGAAGACACUGCAGAAGUGGAGGAGACAGAUCAAAGUGAAACUGCAGAAGAGGGACAAACCGCUGGAGAUGAAACUGGAGAAGAAGGUGAGACUGUUAAUGAAGACACUGCAGAAGAGCAUGAGACAGCUGUAAGUGAAACUGCAGAAGAUGGACAAACUGCUGGAGAUGAAACUGGAGAAGAAGGUGAGACUGUUAAUGAAGACACUGCAGAAGAGCAUGAGACAGCUGUAAGUGAAACUGCAGAAGAUGGACAAACUGCUGGAGAUGAAACUGGAGAAGAAGGUGAGACUGUUAAUGAAGACACUGCAGAAGAGCAUGAGACAGCUGAAAAUGAAACUGCAGAAGAUGGACAAACUGCUGGAGAUGAAACUGAAGAAAAAGGUGAGACCGUUAAUGAAGACACUGCAGAAGAGCAUGAGACAGCUGAAAAUGAAAUGGCAGAAGAUGGACAAACUGCUGAAGUUGAAACUAGAGGCAAGGAUGAGACAGUUACUGAAGACACUGCAGAAGUGCAUGAGAGAGUUGAAAAUGAAACUGUAGAAGGAAGACAAACUGAAGAUGAAACUAGAGAAGUUGAGACAAUAAACAACAACACUACAGAAGAGCAUGAGACAGCUGAAAAUGGAGAAACUGAUGAAGAUAAAACUGCAGAAGAAGGUGAGACGACUGAAGAUAAAACUUCAGAAGAUGGACAAACUGCUGAAGCAGAAACUGUUGGAGAGGAUGAAAUAACUGAAGAUGAAACUGAAGGGGAGGCUGAGGCAUCAGCCCAAAAUGAAUCUGAAGAAGGAGACACUGAGAGCAAUAUAGGUGAUGAUGAAACUGCAGAAAAGAGUGAGACAGCUGAUAACAACACUGUAGAAGAGCAUGAGACGGCUGAGAAUAAAUCUGUAGAAGACGGACAAGUUGAAACUUCAAGAGAGAGUGAUUCAGGUGAGGAGGACACCGCAAAAGAGAGUGACACAGCUGAGGAUGAAAUGGCAGAAAAUGGCCAAACUGCUGAAGCAAGAGAGGGUGAGACAGAUGGUGAUGAACCAGCAGAAGAUGAGCAGAAUGCUGAAGAGAGUGAGACAGCUGAAGAUGAAACCGAAGCAGAGAGAGAUACUGCGGCGGGGACAUCGGAUGAAGAAAGAGGAACUGAGGUACAAAGAGCCAAUGAAGAUGAAGACAACACAGGUGAUGCAGGAACCACAGGAGGUGUGUCAGCUGAGGAAAAAGAGACUUCUGAAGUAGAAACAGCAGAUGAGAGGACCACUGAAGCUGAAACUGAGAUGUCUGAAGAGGAAGCUACUGUUGAAGAUAGCAACAAGGCUGAAGACAAGAAUGCUGUGGUAGAGUUGGCAGAGCAAACUCCUGAUCAUGAGACGACUGGAGAAGAGACGGACAAGAGUCAGUCAAACGAUGAGGAAGACAAGGAAACUGUCAGUUGUGAAGCAUUAGAGGAGGAUGUUCUUUCUAACAUUGAGGACACUGAGAGUCAUAAUGUCUUGACUAAUCUUGAGGUAAUUGAAGAUGAAACACCCCUUAAGAACAACGGUGACAUUGUUCUAGAUAGUGUUGAUGAUAAAGGUGAAGAAAGUGGAAAAGAAGAUGAUGAUGUGGAGGUAAUGGCAAACAGAGCUGGUUGUGGCCAACACUGGUGAAUCAGCUGAAGCUGGUGAUGAAGCUGAGGAUGACACUGAGCCAGAUGAAGGGGAGCAUAAUAGGAACACCCUACCUUUACAGCCUCUGUUACAGCCAAAACCAAAAGAUGACAAACCAGAUGGGACAACUUCAAUUAAUGUUUUGGUAAUGCACAAUUCAGAGUUCGAAGAUGGUGCUGAUGCUGAUGGAGAAGACUCAGAAACAGAAGAACACAACCAAGUCAUAGAUUUGAGUUCUGAGUCAGAGAGCAAGCCACAGAGGAAAACUGCACAUAAAACCUUCAAGAUGCUCGUUCACACUCUGAAUUUCCUCAAACUCUCAGCCACUGGACUACCUAAGGGCAGGGAAGAGGAUAAUGAACAUGAGGUUGAAGAUAAAGAGACUCCAGAAGACGGCAGUGAUGAUGCAGAAGAGAGUUCCUGUGUGGAGAAAGAUGAGGUGGAAGAGAAUGGAAAGGAGAAGGUCAAACUCUCAGAUAUUACAGAGGAUACAUCCGAAGGUCAGGAGGACCAGACAAAUGAGACUAGUGAUGAUUCAGAGGACCAUGAAUGGGAAUCAUCUGAAAAUUCCUUGCAAAAGCAGAUAACAAAGUCAUCCCUGGAAUCUCAGCCAGGUUCCUUUGAGGAAGUUCAUGAGGAACAGGCAAAAAAUUAGAAAGGUUUAAAUCAUCUGAAAGCCAACUGGUAGAAUCCUUCUUCAGCAUAAAAGAAAAGAACCAAAGAUGCUCUUUAGCAUGUAAAAUGGUUUCAGAGGGGUUAUUUCUCUAGUAUCCUUAGACCUUAUAAUAAUUAGCAUAAGUUUUUAAUAGCCCUUUGGAUUCCUUAUCUUAUUUACCAAAGAGUAACAUAUAAUGCACUUUACUUAUUAUUCACUUCUGAUUACAUUAUAUAUGCAGAUUAUCUAUGCAGAAGCACAGCAUUACUGCUCAGGUACUGUAAAAAGGGAACUGCUGAAACUUGAACAGCACAUAAAGCUCUUCUAACUUAAUGGAUUUUAUUAUUUUAGUAUUUUUGUGUCAGAACAACAUAUUUAAUUGCAGUUAUUUAUAUAAUACUCUCAGUUGUAAGCCUUAGCCAUUGGAGGGACUGUUGACAAGGGUUAUGUAUUACUGUAUCAUACUGUAUGCUGUACAGUAUGUAUGUACUGCUAUACAAAUGUUCCACAGUGUAAAUGAAAAAUCACACAUCAUAGUGACAUGUAAUGGAAAUCAGGGGGCAUAAACUGGUUAUGAGUGCACAAGAAUGAAUGUAUAUUGAACAUA